AUGGUGUUUAGAUCGGUCAUUGCUGCUUACUUCCACAAUGCAGUCGGAGGCUACCACAUCAUAAAGCUGAACACAACACUACCUGACGUCAUAGAUGCAUUUGGAGCGCCCAUACUUCACGAGUCACUGAAUGUUAGUGAUCUUGAUGAAUGCGUAUGGAGCCCUUCUAUUACAAACGACAGGCAGUAUAACCGAUACAUCCUCAUUCAGUGUCGAACGGUUGCCGCCGUAGCUGCUAUUCUGGUGUUGAAUAGUUAG